GGUUUGAAACUGUUUGAGGUUUACUGCCUUCACUGGUCACCUGAGGACGCGCCGAUUGCCGUAGGAUAGAUAUGUUUUCUCAAAUUUGUAGAGCUAUCUCAUCUAGACUUCCCUCCUUGUCCAGUUCCGCUCUCACAUCAACAGAAUCCAGAAUGAAUCCGAAGGAAAUCCAAGAGUUUGUUGAAAACAACCUCAAAGACAACGGCCUCGUGGUCUUCAUCCGAACUUCGCCGCCUUGCUACUUCUGCCAGCAAGCUCUCCGCUUCUUGCAAAAAUAUCCGGAGCUCAAUGGCAAAUCAAUCGACCUUAGUGAAACCGGCGAGCAGCAGGCUAUUAUCAGAUACCUUGGCAACCUCCCAGGUUCUGCAGCCACAUUCCCUCGGGUUUUUGCUAACAAGAAACUAAUUGGCGGUUAUUCCGAUUUGGAAGGCUUGGGCGCAUCUGGUGUAAAGGCGCUUGUCGAGUCUGAGGCGUAAGGUUUUCAUGAGAACCGAGUGAUUGGCGUAGUGAUGUCGUACAAGUUGAAUCAUUCAAUAUCCAUAAAUUUCAGAUGGGCAAUGUAUCUUAUACCACGUACGACAUUCAUAUUAUCGUGACUCUCCAGUACUACAAUCUCCUCGGUAAUGAGUGACCUUUC